CCAUGAUCAAUGAUAUUGAUUAUACAUGAUCUUAAUUAGUAUUUUCAUCCUUUUGAUUUUUUACAUUGACCUUCUGGAAUACUCGUAAUAGUAUUCGAUUAUUUUAAGCGAGUACCAAAAUAUUCGAAUACCAAUAAUUGCCGACAAGUCCAUUACUAGACAGGGCGUGCUUGAAAACCUUAGACAGAGAGAGAUAGAAAGAUUACGCUACAAAAUCAAACGAUAAACUCUUUAAAAAAUUUACACUAUUCCAAAAUCAUAUUUAUUUUUGUAGUAAUCUAAUAUUAAAAUGAGUUAGUAUAACUUAUCGAAUAUACAGAAAUACGUCUAAAUAUUUCACCGGAAGUAAAGACACUAGCAACUCACUCAUUCAACAACGCGCCGCCGCCGCGUGUUCCGCUCCAUAACCAGCGGCUGAGCCCGCCAUUUUGUCUGUGCGCUCGUCUCUUGUCUAUAAUUUUCGGAUAGAUUGUCUUUAUGGGCAAGAUCUUUUUCGAAUAAUAUUGUGCAUUGUGAUGUAAAAUGGAUACGUGGUCGGAGUUAUGUCGAUGUUGUCUCUCCUCAAAUUGCACUAUUUCAUUAUUUGACGCUGACCAAAUUGUUAAGUUGAAAUUCAUAGAAAUUACCACUAUAAAGAUAAAAGAUGAUGAUGGUCUACCACAAAAGCUAUGUGCAGAUUGUUAUGAUAUAUUAGAGUCUGCUUGUGAAUUCAAAAAGCAGUGUCUGAAAAUGGAUGUGAACUUAAAAAGGCAACUUAACGAGUUAAUUAACCUAUCAAGUCAAGCUAAAAGCUUUGAUGAUGGUACAAUUGUAGAGGAAGACAACGACAUAGCCAAUGAUCCAGUCAAACAAUUAGAAGCCAUUAUUAAACCAGAACCAACGGACAGUGAUGAUGAUUGCUAUUAUGUUUUGGUAAUAGAUGAUAAUAAUGUUAAAGACACAACUAUAAAAGAAGAGCCAGAAGUGAAACUGCCAAAAAUAAAAGUUGAAAAUGUUGAUACCAUAGGCAAUAAAGAUACACCAGAGCCAAAUAUAACUAAUGAAAUAAUUCUUACAGACAAAGAGAAUGAUUAUGAAAACACAUUCAAGUCAUUCCUUGUUUCCAACACUAAAGUGCCUGUUAAUGUUCCAGCAACAAUUUUAGAAAAUGAGGAGGAGAGUCAGGAUAAUGAUGAUGAGAGUCAGGAACAUGAUAAUGAGAUUCAGGAAAAUUAUAAUGAGAUUGAGGAAAACGAUAAUGAGAGACAGGAACAUAAUAACUUUAAUAUGGAUGUCGAUACACAGGACAGUAACUCUCAAGAACACACAUUACAGGAAAAAGAUGAUGCGACUAACUAUCCUGAUCAUGUUAAUGAUAAUGCCAAAAGUUUAAUAAAAAUACUAACAACUAAUAAUAGUGAUGGCACAAUCUUUUUGAAAGAUGCCAACGGUAUUGAAUAUUUGGCAGACUCACUCAUUACUAGUGCUGAUGGAGAGCAGUUAGAUCAGGAAGAGGUAAUCUUCUGUGAGGGUGAUGAAACAUCACAGUUUCAGAUAUUGAAAGUAAUAGAAUACACUGAUGACAGUCAAAUUGCUACUGUAUUGCAACAAGAUGAUGGUACAUUCUUAUGUGACUGCGGUGAAGAGUGUAAAGAUUUGUCUGAAUUUGAGAAGCACCAAAGAAGUCAUAUAUUAUCCAAUGUUUUUUUAUGUAAUCUGUGUGGCAAAGGCUUUGAAACAGAAGAGAUAUUAACUGGUCAUACACUUUUGCACAAUAUGACCGGCUUACUAGUCAAAUGCCCAUUCUGUGAACAAGUUUUUAGACGGAACAGCCUCACUCAACAUAUCAAACACACUCAUAAUCAUAUCAGACCACGUUGUGAUGUUUGCAUGAAAACUUUCGCCAACACCAAUAAUCUGAAGCGUCACAUGAUGAUUCAUAGUGGUCUCCGGGAAUUUGAAUGUGAUAUAUGCUGUAAGCGUUUCCAUCAAAAAAUCACCAUGCAAACUCACAGACUCACUCAUGUGAAUCCGUACUCUUGUAAUCAAUGUGAUGAGACAUUUAUAGAUAAAGAGUUGCUGACAUCUCACAAAGAAAGUGGACAAUGCAACAAAUCAAAACUUAUUAAGGUUAAAAAUGAGUUAAUGAAGACUGUCAAACAAGAAGUCACCACAACAGUAGGUAAACUUCUUGGUUAUGCAUGUUCGCUAUGCAAAAAAAUGUUCUCAUUAGAAUCAGCAUUAGAACAACAUGUUGAACAAACACAUAUACUGAACAUAGCCGAAUUACUAUGUGCUGAGUGUGGAAUAGUGUUGCCGACCAAGAAGGAAAUGCAAAAUCAUUUAGCCAGUCAUAAGAAUUUGAAACCUAAGCAAUCUAAGAGGUUUGAAUGUAGAAUAUGUGGCAAGGGUUGUACUAGUCAGGCUAUGUUGAUAAUGCAUGAGAGGGUACACACAAAUGAAAGACCUUUUCCUUGUCAGUUAUGCUCUCUCCGUUUCAAGACUAAAACACAUCUUCGUACACACCAGCUCACUCAUACAAGAGAAAAGAAAUUUGGAUGCUCUGUGUGCAUGAAAUUCUUUGCUCUGAAAGGCAACUUGGUAGUACACUUACGAACACAUACUGGUGAGCGUCCUUAUGUUUGCUCAAUUUGUGGAGAAGCAUUCAUUGAUUCAAAGUAUUUAAAGAAGCAUAAGUUAAAGAAACAUUCAAUAGAAAAUGUUCCUUGGAAUCAAUAUACACAAUCGAAUCAAGAAUGAAACUUUAUGCUGCAACACUUUCUUUUUCAUUUUCAUUUGCUUUUAUUGAAGUGGUCUACUUUUGUUUUUUUUUUUAAUGAUAAUCAUUUAAAAUUAUCAUUGUUUUUAUGAAGUGGGAUAACACUAGUAUCAUUUAUUAUGUAAAUAUAUGUCGUAAAAUAAGCAUAAUAAUACUAUCUUAAUAUCUUUUUUCUGUAUCCAUGCGAUGUUCAAAUGUCGUAUGAAGAAUUUUGAGUACUGCAAUUUGUUGCUAAUGUCUUUGUACUGCAACUAUAAUAUGCUUAUUUAUUAGAUAUAUCAUUGUAAGACAUUAUGGAGGUGUAUCAGUUUUAAAGAAAAUUUUAAAUCUUUAGUGUAGUUACAACUGACAAUGAAAAGUUUUUAUUUAAAUGCAAUAAAAUAACUCAAACCUUC